UUGCUGUACCGUUUCAUAGUGCAGUAAUGUGUCUGCACAGUUGCUCUUGUGCUGGCUUCUCACUUAUACCACUUUCUCUCUGUUCCAUUGCAGCAAACAUACUGCUGUACGUUCCCAAUGGUGAUCCUACCUAUGCUGCUAACAACCAACUAAGCAGCUAUGUGCUUUAUUUUGAAGGAAUCUGCUUUGCUGGCAUUCUGAUGUUGUUUCCAGCAGCAAUAUUUAUCUUAUUGGAUCAUUUUGAGGUCUGUGAACCUAAAAACAGGAAUACAAAGACAUGGAUUUUGCUGUUAGCAGCCCUGUGUGGUGUUGCUUUCUCAUCAUACUGUGUAGUUAUUUCGGUCCUUGGUUUAGUGCAAGGACCAUACUGUCGGACUAAUAUUGGCUGGGGACAUGUAUUUCAGUCUACAAAUGGAGGUUAUUUAACAGACAGGUCCACCUGGACGCAGUGCCUUGAACCUGCACAAGUGGUAGAAUGGAAUGUUACUUUAUUUUCCAUACUUCUUAGUCUCAGUGGAGUUGAGAUGAUACUUUGCUUCCUUCAAGCCUUAAAAGAGACUGCAAAGUUAAUGAAUGCGAAAUGUGCAUCAUGGGAAAAAGUCUACUGCUGAUGACAUCACUGAACACAGUGGACUAGGAUACCUUUGUUUUCAGUAAAGUACUAUGCAGAGUUGAUUAGUGGAAAAUGUGCACCUUGAGACAAAGGCUAGUACUGAUGACAUCACUGAACACUGUGGAAACGGAAUAUGAGAGUGCAGAAUUAAUGAGUGGGAAAUGAGCAUUGUGGGAAUAAAGCUACUACUGAUGACAUCAAUGAAUACUGUGGACACAGCAUGUGAGACUGCAGAGUUAAUGAGUGGGGAAAUGAAAAUCAAAGGAAAAAGAUGAUAUCCCUAAAGACAAUGGACACAAAAUUUGUGUAUUUUCUCAUAUUAC